UUCAAGAAAAAAAAUAUACUAGUACUCCUUCCAUUUAUAAUGUGUCAAACUUUAUAAUAUAAAUUGGAGACUUUAGGCGUUAAUUUCUGGCGUCAUUACAUUUGGCUGUUGAACCAGAGAACAAGCAAAUCUAAAUCUCAUUCCUUCUUCUACAAAUAACCAUUUUUCUUCUUUCUCGUGUCUGUUGUUACGAUUUUCCAAUAUGGAAGGUGUAGAUCACUUAGCUUUCGAAAGGAACAAAGCUCAAUUCGAUGUCGACGCCAUGAAGAUCGUUUGGGCCGGUUCUUCUCACGCAUUAGAAGUUUCCGAUCGAAUGUCUCGUCUCGUCGCCAGCGAUCCGGCAUUUAGAAAGGAUAAUAGAGCCAUGCUUGGCAGGAAGGACUUAUUUAAGAACACUUUGAGGAAAGCAGCUUAUGCAAUGAAAAGGAUUAUCGAGCUUCGUCUUAGCGAGGAGGAAGCUUCUAUGCUUAGAUCCUUUGUGGAUGAGCCUGCUUUUAUAGAUCUUCAUUGGGGAAUGUUUGUUCCUGCUAUCAAAGGACAAGGAACUGAAGAACAGCAGAAAAAGUGGCUGCCUUUGGCACUAAAGAUGCAAAUAAUUGGUUGCUAUGCCCAAACUGAACUUGGCCAUGGAUCUAAUGUUCAAGGGCUAGAAACAACAAUAACAUUUGAUCCCAAAACAGAUGAAUUUGUUAUUCAUAGCCCCACAUUGACUUCCAGCAAAUGGUGGCCUGGUGGAUUGGGUAAAGUGUCAACACAUGCUAUUGUUUAUGGCCGCCUAAUUACUGAUGGUCAAGAUCAUGGAGUGCAUGGCUUCAUUGUCCAACUGCGGAGCCUGGAUGAUCACUUACCUCUUCCCGGCAUAACUGUUGGCGAUAUUGGAAUGAAAUUUGGAAAUGGAGCAUAUAAUUCUAUGGACAACGGGGUUCUGAGGUUUGAUCAUGUACGAAUUCCAAGGGAUCAAAUGUUAAUGAGGGUUUCACGGGUUACAAGGGAAGGAAAAUAUGUACAAUCCAAUGUUCCGAGACAAUUGGUUUACGGGACUAUGGUAUAUGUGAGACAAACAAUUGUCUCUGAUGCGUCGACUGCUUUGUCGAGAGCUGUUUGCAUUGCUACAAGAUAUAGCGCUGUUCGAAGGCAGUUUGGAGCAACUGAUGGAAGUCUUGAAUCACAGGUGAUAGAUUAUAAAACACAACAAGCUAGGCUCUUCCCUUUGCUAGCCUCUGCUUAUGCUUUCAGAUUUGUUGGAGAGUGGUUGAAAUGGCUUUACACGGAUGUGAUGACAAGAUUGCAAGCAAAUGAUUUUUCAACAUUGCCCGAGGCUCAUGCAUGCACUGCAGGGUUGAAGUCCUUGACCACCUCAGCAACUUCUGACGGAAUUGAAGAGUGCCGCAAACUAUGUGGUGGCCAUGGUUACCUUUGCAGCAGUGGCCUCCCUGAGUUAUUUGCAGUCUAUGUUCCUACCUGCACAUAUGAAGGAGACAACAUUGUGCUGCUUUUACAGGUUGCAAGGCAUCUCAUGAAGACUAUUGCUCGGUUGGGAUCUGGAAAAAAGCCUGUUGGUACAGUAGCUUAUAUGGGACGAGUGGAAGAACUGAUGGAAUCUCAGUCUGAUGUUCAGAAAGCCGAGGAUUGGUUGAAUCCUAAUGCAGUACUGGGAGCAUUUGAAGCUAGGGCUGCUAGAAAGGCGGUCGCCUGUGCUCAAAACCUUAGCAAGAUUAGCAAUCCGGAAGGGGGUUUCCUAGAAUUCUCAAAUGAUCUAGUUGAGGCAGCUCGCGCUCAUUGCCAGUUGAUUGUUGUUUCCAAAUUUAUUGAGAAGUUGCAGCAAGAUAUACCUGGAAAGGGAGUGAAACAGCAAUUAGAAAUUCUUUGUAGCAUUUAUGCUCUGUUUCAUCUUCAUAAGCAUUUGGGCGAUUUUCUUUCAACUGGCUGCAUCACAUCCAAACAGGGUUCACUUGCUAACGACCAGCUAAGGUCCUUGUAUACACAGGUUCGUCCUAAUGCCAUUCCGCUUGUUGACGCAUUUAACUACACUGAUCACUACCUCAGUUCAGUUCUUGGCCGCUAUGAUGGAAAUGUGUAUCCAAAGCUAUACGAGGAGGCAUGGAACGAUCCAUUGAAUGAUUCAGUUAUACCAGAUGGCUUUCAAGAGUAUAUUCGACCAAUGUUAAAGCAGCAACUUCGAAAUGCUAGACUCUAAAUAAACUUUAUUAUUGGACUGCUGAGGAAGAGAAAGUUAUGUACGCGAAGCUAUCUAUGCUUUCAAUAAAGACCAGUAAUGAAUGUGUAUGGAUGGAAAGAUAAAAAUGUUUCAUUACAUGCAGGUGAAAAUUCCGAAGCAAUUUGGUUUCCUUGGUGGCUGGCUAUUCACCAGAAGAGCUUGCAGUUUGGUGCAUGUCUAGCAUCUUUUAUCACGUUGUUCAAUAGUAGAUGCUAUGUCAUGGACUAAAACCCCCGUGGACUUUUGAUUAUAUAUAAAAUUUUCCUAGCAGGACUUAUUUA